AUUUCAUUAACGCUCUUGCGGUUUUUAAGCAGAACUCUUUAAAAAUUUGAAAUCAAAUAGAUCUACAUAAUUUCUCUACAGGAUACUAAAGAAACAAAGUUGGACAGCCAUAAAUAUUGUAAAUAAGGAUUUAAAAGCCAUGAGCUCCACUGCUCUGGUUAGUUUUGAUGGAGCAGAUUUAUCAAUGAAUGGAGAUGGAAAACUUUGUAAAGGAAAUUGUAAGAUAAGAACAUGUGAAAAUCAAGAGGAUAAAAACAACAAAAAACAUCAUGUAGAUCACGGACAGACAUUCUUGUCCACUCUGGUUAAACUAAUUUUACAAGAUGUUGUGGAAAAAGGAGUGAUGAAAGAUAGCAAAGUCAUUGAGUUUAUGCAUCCAGAAAAUUUAGAAAAAGAACUUGAUUUGAGUCUCGAUCAGAACUCAACAUCGGACACAGAUCUGAUUCAAAUGUGCCAUAAAAUUAUCAAGUACAGUGUAAAAACAGGACAUCCAUAUUUUUUUAACCAGUUGUAUGGAGGCUUAGACCUGUAUGGAUUGGCAGGCUCCUGGCUAACUGAUGCUCUCAAUACUAGUCAAUAUACUUAUGAAGUGGCUCCAGUGUUUACACUGAUGGAGAAGGCUGUACUCAGCAAAAUGCUGGAUUAUACUGGAUUUCAGUCUGGGGAUGGCUUAUUUUGUCCAGGUGGUUCCCUGUCCAACAUGUAUGCGCUCAACCUGGCUCGUUACAAGAUGUUUCCAGACGUCAAACUGACAGGGCUUAGUGGGCUACCAACCUUGUGUAUUCUAACUUCGGAAAAAGGCCACUACUCAAUCAAAAAAGGAGCAGCUCUACUGGGUAUCGGAAUGAAUAAUGUGAUCCCUGUGAAAACGGACAGCGCAGGCAGGAUGAUCCCUGCAGAGCUUGAAACAAUGGUUAACAGAUCCAAGUCAGAAGGUAAAGUUCCUUUUGUUGUGAAUGCCACAGCUGGCUCAACUGUCUUGGGGGCAUAUGAUCCACUGAAUGCCAUUGCUGAUGUUUGUGAGAGACACGGAUUAUGGAUGCAUGUGGAUGGGGCAUGGGGUGGAAGUGUUUUACUUUCAGAGAAACUUAAAAGUAGAAUGGCAGGUGUUGAAAGGGCAGACUCAUUUGCAUGGAACCCUCACAAAAUGAUGGGUGCACCUUUACAAACUGCAGCUUUCUUAACAAAACAUAAGGACCUUUUACGUGAAUGCCACAGUGCAAAAGCACAGUAUCUGUUUCAACAAGACAAAUUCUACGACGUGUCCUAUGACACUGGCGACAAGUCCAUUCAGUGUGGGAGAAAGGUUGAUGUUCUCAAGCUGUGGAUGAUGUGGAAAUCAAAAGGCACAAACAACUUUGCUGCUGGCAUUGAAAACCUUUUUCAUUGCGCCAGUUAUCUUGUGAAGAAACUGACAGAGACUGAGGCGUUUCGGCUUGUUCUCCAUAAGCCUGAAUGUACCAAUGUUUGUUUCUGGUUCAUCCCCCCAAGUCUGAGACAUUGUGAGGAGACGCAAGAAUGGUGGGACAAGUUGUCUAAGGUGGCGCCAGUCAUUAAACAGAGAAUGAUGGAACAAGGCACCAUGCUGGUUGGCUACCAGCCUGAUGGGGACUUGGUCAAUUUUUUUCGCAUGAUUGUCAACAACCAUAAUGCCACAGAACAGGAUAUGGAUUUUGUUGUCAAGGAAAUUACACGCCUUGGUGAAGAUCUUUAAGUAAUUAGAUCAGCUGUCGUCAGUAAAUUAAGCACCUUAAUGAAGAUUAUUUAUUAAUUAGAGGUUUGCUAUUAAUUGAAUUGGUAAAAAUUUUAAAGAAACAGAAACUUUGUAAACGUUCAAACAUUUUGAAGGACUAGAAAAUUUUACUUUAAAAAAUAUUAAUGUUUCUAAAAAUGUAUCAGUAAAUCAAUUUUUCGUCAGUUAAAGAAUAUAUCAGAGCAAGCUGCUUUGGAAAAAUAUGAUUUGGUUGUCAUUGAAAAGAUGUAAGUUGGAGAAGUAAUUUUCUUAUAACUUUUCUCUAAUGCAGUAAGGUCAUUUUUCACAGUUAUAAAAAAAUAGAGAAGGUGAAGAAAUACGGUUUUCGAUUUUCAGUUUAAUUAUGCUAAAUACCUCAUCUAUUAAAAAAGUCAACAUAUAACUUUUGUACACAGAUAAGUUAUUCACUGUGAUACAAAAUAUUGAAGUUAUCAUUAAGCAGCAUUAAGUCUUCAUAUUCAUGUAUAAUCAAAAUACCAUUUAGUCAUAUUUUGUAGAUUCUAUUUUGUAAGCUUAUAUAAUAGUAUUUUGUGAUUGAUGCUUUUAUUGACAAAAAUACAAU